UUCUACAGACUUUGAUACCAAGAUGGACAACAGGAGAACCAGACCAGACCAGCACAGGGUGAUUCACCAGAGCAAUGAGUCAAUCACGUCCUGCUAUAAAAGGAAGAAUCCUGCUUGAGUUUCUCAAUGUGCACAUCAACACACCAGAGAAAGAUGCACUCAUCGCUGAUCUUCAUCUCCAUCUCAAUGGCAGCCCUGGUAGGCCUUACUGUCAGCCGACCCACGGCCACAUUGGACGUAAUACGGAUAAAGACUCUAACCACCAUCAGCAGAAUAAAAAAAAUCAAAGAUGAGCACUUCCAGAUGAACCCAAAGAUUGAAUUUCAUGGUCCUGACAUUGACACCCCUAUUGAUGGUCUCACUUCUGUCAUGGUUCACCUGAGCUACCUGCAAUUAAGGUUGCAGGUGCCCGUAGCCCAGUAUAUGCGACAGGUCCAAGUGGACUUAGAAACUCUUCUCGGCACAUUGGAGGGACUAGCUAUCUCACAGAGCUGUCCCCUACCCAAACCCGAGACCCCGGUGCACAAAGCCGACACAGACUUUCCCGUCACCUACAACUAUCUGUACCUCCUAGAGCUCCAGAGGUACCUGGAUAAGCUCAGCCGGAACAUGGAGAAGCUAAAACAAUGCAAAGAUACGGAUCCGGUCGGGACGCUUACAAUCUUAAAUGAGUAAGCCAAUUUAUGUCUAUGCAGUACGCUAAAACUAUGCACAUGAGGAUUGGUUCUCUAAAUUAUUUUUUAACUUAUUAGCAUUGAUUCGUUUUGUGUAACUUUCCAAAUUGUUUUUAUACUUCACACUACAGCCUAAAAUAUUGCCUUAGAUACAUAACUAUUUUUCUAAGCUAUAUUUAUGCCACAUGCUGUUUCAUAUUGCAACAAAAACUAUGCACUGAGAAAGUUUGCACUUGUAUGUAGCUGUUUUUGUUAUGUUAUUUUUUUCUAUUGGACAUGAAUACUGAUGAAUUGUGAAGCUUUGAAAAUGUUUAGCAUUUAUAAUUAAUAAAUUGUUAUGUUUAUAUGAAUAA